AUGUCCAAGUGUGAUCCAAGGUCACGUCUCUGCGAUCAAGGAUAUCUCUCCACGUCAAUUUCUAUUUGCAUCAUGAAACUACUAUUAUUCCUAUGCAUUCUUUCAGCAUAUGCCACUUCGGUGGUAGAUGCCUCCUCCUCGCUUCAUCAUGAGAAUCCCGUAAAAAUUGAAGCGCGAGCAAGGUCGUGUAACUCAGAGGCGUACGAAGCAGUUUGGGCUGCAAUUCUGAACGAGUUUGGUGUGGAACGGGUUGGUGACACGAUCGACAAAUGCUUCAACCUCUUGCCAUGUAAGAAAUGCCCUGGCCAACAAGUCAAAGACAAAUCCGGUAAAUGCAACGACUGCGGGAAGAACAAAACGCCAAACGCCGAUGGUACAGCAUGCGUGUGGAAAGACUCUGGCUGUCCAGAGGACCAAAUCCAAGCCAAUGGUAAGAUGUGUCGGUCCUGUUCUGGAAAGCAAAAACCCAACUCCACUGGGAAGAAGUGCGUCGACCCAACGUCAGAUAAGGACAAAAACAAGAAUCGAGGCAGAUGUCCCAAAGAAAAUUAUUGA